AUGAGUGGCACCCACGAGGUGAUCGAGCUGAUCAGCAGUAGCGACGAGGCAUCGUCAGGGCUGCAUCGAGCGUCUCGGAGAAAGCAGAGCAAGAAGGCGCAACUUAAGUCUGGACAGCACCAUCCACCUCUCUCCCCAGAUGUUGCUAAGGUCGUCACUGACGUGAGGAGAAAGAGAGGGAGUUCACGGAAGAGCGAGACUAGUCGAGAGAGCCAGGAGAGUGAGUCGAGAGCUGAGCAGCCUAAGCAGUUGCGCCGUCCAGCACAGGCGGCAAAAGCUAAAGUUGCACUAUCUCCAACAGCUAAAUCUGCUUCUACAAGACCGACGCGCAAACCUCGUGGAGAGAUGCAAAUCAUCACGGAAGCAAUGAGUUUUUACGAGUUGCAGGCUCAGGAGCAGAUGAUGGCGCGCUUUCAGGCGCAGAAUCGCAAAAGAGCUCCGGUAAUACCGAGAAAGCCAGGCACUUCAGUGGCAGCUGAGCAAGCGGCUGGCAAAUGUGGAAACCUGACAAGAAACAAUGGUACCAGUGCAUCACAGACAAGGACAGCAAGUAAACAGAGUCACAUACGUAAAAGUGGAAAGUCAGUCGUUUCAGUGCGCGUGGCUGAUGGACGAUACGAAAGUGAGUACGACGAGGAAGAAGAGGGUGAGCAGACUGAAACAGGUUUUACUACCGAAAAACUGACGCAGAAAAAGAAGCAUCUACGGAAGCAGAAGUGGAAAUCGAAAAGUGCAGCUUCACGGGUGUCGGAAAGUGGUCGUAAAGUCGUGGGCAGUGAUAUACCAGUAUCUCGAAAAAGUAGCGACUGUCAAAAGCCAGGUCGCAUGCAACAAAAAGUCCAGAAAAUGGCUUUUGCAAAGCGGUCUCAACAGCAAAAGACUGUUGGGCGCAGUAAGAAACAGCGAGUUGUUUCGGUACCACGACAAAGUAGCUCAAGUCGGGCGGGUGAACAGGAGAGCGAGCGGGAGAGUGAUGAGCUUAGUGGUAGCAGAAGUGAAGACGGCGAUGGUGGGAUGUCCAUGCACUGGCGUCAGGGAAAGGUGUCUACGCAUUCAAAGGCCGCUGUUAAUUUGUCCACACCAAGGUAUCCGAAAAAGCGGUCGCACGAAAACAUACCAUCUGCAUCACAACCGCGAUACUUUUGUGCUUCUCAAGCUUCUGAAAGGGAUGUUCAUAAUGACGGGAGUGAAACAGAGUCUAUUGUGGAGAUAUCGUCCUGGGAGUCGCAAGAACAGGAGAAGAUGUUUCCAUCACUACAUCCUCAAAAGAAAGGUAGUUCGUCUGAUACCUCGUCCAAAGAGCAGAAAGCAAAGCAGAAUACAUACGGUCUGUCCAGCGCGACCAAGUCGAGUGGUAGCAGUCGUCGUGCUCGAAUGGGGGUGUAUCAGAAGAAAACGCCCAGCUUCUCACCGUCGUCGUCUUCUGUCUCCCCACCACCCUCCCAGAAGGGAUUUUCGGCACCAGGUGCACGAUUCGCAACUGAUGCAGAGUGCACAGCAACACCUGUGGAGAUUCCGAUGACUCCAGUGGUACAUUCGACAACCUGGCGACGUCUAGUUGUCGGGAAAGCACCUCCUAAUAUCAUAACUGGUGUAUCGGCACGUCCGUAUUCCUACGGAUUUGACAGACCGCUUUGGACAUUUGACACAACAGGAGUGCUUAGAGAAAAAUGCAAAUUCAGGGCAGUGGAUUCGGACAGUGCCACGGCAGAGGCCAGCAUUCAGAUUCAGCCGCCAAGUCAAUCCGAAGUCAAUGAGCGGGUGCGGUGCUUGGUGGACCAGGAGCUGCCGCGCAUAAAAAAGUGUCAUGUUCAGAGAGUGCGUCACACUUUAAAAAGUACGCGACAGCAACUAGCCGCAUAUUUCAAGGGUCAUCGAGAGCUGCGUAGUGAAAGGUAUAGACGAUUGCAGUGGUUGGAGAUUGCGAACCACCGGUCCCGAUCAGAUAUUUCUGCGGGUGAGCGUGUUACGGCCAAACGCUUGCUGCGAAACUCUGCGCAUAUAGGUCUGCCGUACAAUUGCUUGGUCGGCACCGUGCGCUUUUUCGUGCACCAGGACAAGCCGCCUUUUGAAUCUGUGGUCUAUCCCGAAACUGUCAUCUAUCUACCCAACGAUAUCACUGCCAUUUGCCAGUCAUUUGCCAUGAUUGGCAUAAACAAGAAUGCGUUUGUUGAGGAUGAUCCAAUCUUGCGGUAUGUGCCCUACCUAGGCGAUGGACAAGAACUGGUCGUUGACAAUGAUCUCUACUCGGGAACAACUAUGAGUAGAGAGCGUCAAAUUGCGGUGUUUGGGGAUAACGGCGAGCUCAAAGUUCUCAAACCUAGCGCACGGGACAAUGAAAUACAGGAGUACCUCUUGCGGGUUAUUGUUGGAACAUGUGGAGCGUCUGAGCGCGUGUUUCUGGCACUUGAAGAAGAAGUAGGCUUUAGCCAGCCGCGUAUUGACUACUGCGAAAUGAAAGAACAAGCUAAAGCGGCAGAACUUACUGCUAAGCGUGUGGCAAAGGCAAAGAAGCUCGUUGCUUUGUAUCAGAAAUCAUUGAUAGACGGACAAAGUGGACAUUCUGUCGGCUCGGAGAAUGCUUCGAAAGCCCUAUUCAAUCUGGCCCAACAUUGCUGGUUUUUGCGAAGUACAUCAGAGCACCAAUCAUUUGGUGUCAGACUGCAGCCGCCGUUGUCCGUUUUCGAGUCGAGUUAUGCAGAUACCCCGGAGGCGCAUGGCAUACGCGACCGCGCUAGCUAUGAAGGUCUGGUGGAGUGGCACCGGGAUUUGUUCUGCCGACGUUGCUAUUCGUACGACUGUUCUGAGCACGGCAUUCAGAACCCCCAACGAAGCUCUCGUGCCGAUCCGAUCUAUCCGAUGAUAACUGCACCAGGCGUUGUACUUUCCAUGGAAGAAGCAAUGAGUCGAGAAGGUGGUAUAGGCGCUAAAGAAUGCAGUUCGAAUGUUGUGACGCUGUCUGUCGAAAGUGAGGAAGCCAUACAAAUAGCAGGUGGGGAGUCGUCUUCAUCUUUGGACGACGAAGCGCAGAAGAACAAGCGUCAGCCAAUCUCAGUAGAUCAGCCCUCUUCGGAAAGUGCUGCACUGAAUCGCCGAUCAAGGCGAACGCAGACUCAACUUAGCUCGAUGGCCAGUAAGAGUCUACAAUCUCAGGAGAAGUUGCUGGACAUUCAACGACUUGCGAAGUUGAAGAAGCGAAACAAGCGCCGUGAGAUGUUUUUGCGCGCUCCGGAUAAUUCGGAGUACCUGGAUGAUUCGUACAUUCCUGCUGUCACAGCUAUGUAUAAAAUGCUGCAAUCCGAUGAAAAGGCUUGCGGUCCUCUCUGUUGGCUAUCCGCUAGUGACACAUACCUGAGUAACGACUGUGCACCUCUCAGACGUAUUGACGCUGUGCUAGUUCGAAAACUCGCAUCAACGCUUGGGUCAAACGCCUGCGUACUUUCAGCGAUGAUCCGAAGCCAUUGGUGCACCUGCGCUCAAAUUUACAAAUUUUUGGCCGAAGAAAAAAAGCGUAGAAAUAGUGGAGACUGCUUCGGAAACGAUGAUGCCGUAUUGGUGCCCGCACGAAGGCAGCAAAAAGGCCGACAUUGCGCCACCGCGGGUUUGAACAGGUCGCUGAAUAAGCGUGUUCGCGAACAUUGCAGCUACGAUCACGAGAAAAAGUUGAGUUACGAGCCAUGCAAUCACGAUGGAGUAUGCGAUGCAACGUGUCGGUGCACUCAGCGCGGUCACUCGUGCAACAAGACCUGUUCUUGUUCGCGCGACUGUCUGAACCGGUUCCAGGGAUGCAAGUGCUCGAUUGGCAAAUGCUGCACGUCGGCAUGUCCGUGCUUCAGUGCUGGACGAGAGUGUGAUCCAGAUUACUGCUUCCAUUGUGGGGCAAGCGACGCAGCAGUGAUGGCGUUUCACCCGAACUUGAACACCCAAAGCUGCUACGAUCUCCAUAUUUGCUGCAACGUGAAUAUGCUGCGCAACAGUAUCCAGAAGAGGAUAGGCGUAGCUUUUUCCGCGACACACGGAUGGGGAGCGUUUGCGCUCGAGUCGAUUCGCAAGGAUGAGUUUGUACUCGAGUAUACUGGCGAGCUGAUUACGGACGACGAGGCAGAACGGCGAGGCGCGAUGUACGAUCGCAAGCUAGUGAGCUAUUUGUUUGGUGUGAACAGCGAGUACGUAGUCGAUGCGGCAAGAAAAGGGAACAAAGCCAAGUUCGCGAACCAUAGAGCGAAAAGGAAGGCAAACCUGAAUGUGAAAGUCAUCGUCUCGAAUGGAGAGCACCGGAUCGGGCUUUUCGCUCGCGAGGCAAUUGAGGUGGGCGCUGAGUUGUUCUUCGAUUACGGCUAUACACACGAGAGCGCCCCAAAUUGGAGUCACCGCGGCAAAUCAAUGUCUGAGCAGUUUGUCCACGACAAAGUCGACACAGUCGACGAGGAGAAUGAGUGA